AGCCGUGUCAGGAUCUGGGUGGGCCAAGACAAGUAACAACUGAAACAUAGUUGUGUAGCGCCAUGAGCGAAGCUGCCGAGCCAAAACGUGAGAAACCAGAGGGCUGGGGUGACAUAAACUCUGUUUUGGGGGCUCCGCUUGAAAACGUGACCGGCGAUGCCUCUUGGAUUUCGGUGAUUUGCAUGUGGCUAACUUUGCCCAUCAGUUGCAUUCAAGGAAUCAUCGGUGGCUUGUGCCAGGCUUUCAUGGCAUUUUUUGUUCUGGGUUGCUAUUGCUGCCAGUGCAUUCCGCAAUGGUUGUGUUGCUCUGGCAUGGGUUCUGCUGAAUGUGGCCGGCCUUGCAUUUUAGCCCCAGCCUGGUGGCGAUAUGUCAUUGGAGGUCUGGUUGCCUUGAUUGCAAACAGCAAGAGCCGCUUGGCCCUUUUCAUUUGGGAGUGGAAAGCAUUUGGCGAGGGCGACCAUUACUGGCACGGGGAAGGCUACUGGGCCGUCAAGUACCAAGAGUGCAGUGAGAUCACCAAGUCCGAGCAAAAACGGGCUUCGGCUUUUGGCUGCAUCCAGGCUUGUGUGCCAGACCUGUUCGCCACAAACAUUUUGCUGUUUCUCUCCAACGAUGGUCCUGACAGCGAAUGGGCCCACAUGCGCAGUGCUUUGCACUGCACUUUGUUGGACCGAGGGGCUUCAUGGUACAUAGAGCGAAGUAAAAAGUUGCGCUCUUUGGUUGCAGCGGAAUGGCCAAAUCCGCAGCUGACGGAUCUCAGUGACACACCACGUGUCCGUUUGAUGGUGGCCAAAUGCGUUUUCUACAUGAUGUUUGGGGUUUGGCUGCCAAAUGAGGAUGCCGAAAUCAUGCGGGGUUGGCGGGACAAUGCGCUGUAUUUUGUCCUUCCCAGGUUGGUCCAUCGUUUCCUUUUCAACUUUGGCAUUCGGAAAGUCAAAAGCCUUCGGGCUAACAGUGUUGCCGUCAUUGAAAAGCAUGGCUUGGAAUCGUUCAUUGUUGACAUCAAUGAGAAGUUACCAGAAAGAUACAAGCGCACUCCAGUGGUCAAACUUUGCGAUGAGAUGAUGUUUGCCGUGGGCUUUGCCGGCAUUGGCGGAACGUCUGCCUGCUGCGAAACAGUUGGGGCCUUCUUGCAAAGAAAAAUUCCUGAGGAAGCCAGUGCACAUCUCAUCAACUUUGAGAAGUUUCCAACAAUAGAAUCCAUGGUCGAAGCCUUCAAGAAUGACCCGCUUUCAUACAUCAAGGAGGCCUGCCGCAUAGACCCGCCGGUGACAAGUGCCACAUCAGUGAGCAAAGAAACAAGGGUUGUCACUUUGAAGGGCAGAAAGUACACCAUGCCGGAGAACACCUUCCACAAUUAUACAUUGUCAAUGGCCAAUCGCGAUCCAACCGUGUUUGCGAAUCCAGAUGUCUUUGAUCCAAGCAGGACAGAACUAAACAUGGCUUUGACUUGGAAUGGGGCAUUUGGGACGCCAGACGAUGAAAAGGUGUAUCCUCGGAUUUGCCCAGGACGAUACCUCUCCCUUGAUGUUGCCCUUGCACUUGUCGGCCAUGUUGUGGGACUUGAUGAGGGCUACAGUUUGCCUUGAAUUCUUUCGAAGCCUCACCUUUUUGCGGAAGGUUAAUACAGUGAAGACUGUGCCUUCUUCUUUGAUCGUGAACGACUCCUCCAGUAAAAGCUGUCAGCAGUUCAGAGGCUUUGCGCCGAGAUCUCCAGCCGGCAGCAACAGUAAGGUUGUGUCGAAGCGGCAAAGCCAGUUUUAUGCUUCGGCAUGGCAAGGUUGUCAGCUGGGGGCUUGGGAACUGACGGAACCACG